AUGCAUCUCAAAUACAGCAUCAUAUCUCAGACUGUGGGAGUCAUCAUCGCACACGCGGAACUUAGCGCUGUCUUCUUGGAGAAAGAAUUCUACUUGUUGCUCGGGAUAAAGAUCUGCGUGACUAUCUUUGUCGGGUUCGCUGUGUGGGCUAUGAUCACUUUGGCCAUUUUAAUUGGAAUCGAGUCACUCUCUGCUUUCUUACAUACCCUCAAAUUGCACUGGAUCGAAUUCCAAAAUAAGUUCAAUGUCGGAGAUGGUAUGCCAUUCACUUCUAUUAAGUUGGAGCCAAGAAAGUCGUUCUUCGAUCAAGUUGAUAGCAGACAAUAA